UCGCUUGUGCGGGCUGUAGCAGCGAGUGGUGUGGGAGGGAAAGACGGUGUCUGUCUUUCCCUCAGUAAGUCGACGUAUUGUGCUCGUACGGACGGUGACGAAACAAAUAGGGAGCCAAGUGGGUCCCCCGAAGGGGGAGAGGGUGAGGAACAACCAAAGCCUCCGAAGGUGGGAGAUGGGAACUUCUAUUCACUACGAUACGAGGCUACCAGCUUGCCAAGGAUAGAUGCAGGUAUGCCUCAAGCUGGGGCUGAAGGAUGGAGGCAUACCGUUGUUUUAAGCGAGACCAAUCGAAGCUUACACAGCUCAGCUAACGUCACCACGUAUGAGGUAUGCCUCCAAAUUCAUUCAUCUUGGCAUGAUAUUGCGUAUCAACCAAACCCAGCUGAACUCUCCAAUCGGGUCUGUCAACGAAGUCAGCUGAUGUGUCUGGCGUACGACAAAGCUCGGUCGACAAUUCGAACCCGCAUUGCUCUUUCAUACGAUUGUGCUCGUCUCUUCCUCGGGUCGUCCAUGAUGAGCAAUGCCACGUAUCCUGAUGUCCAUGCCUCGCGUCCAUGCCUCUUGCCCAUGCCUCGCGUCCAUGCCUCUCGCCCAUGCCUCUCGCCCAUGCCUCUCGCCCAUGCCUCAUCAGCGUUUCCAGCAGUGGAAUGCCUCAGCCUCGGUCAAAACACACGUAUGGAACGCACCACAGCAAAGCAUUGCGCCGCAUCGAAUGCUCAAUCUGACGAGACAAGUAGACAUAAGCAUCGUCGAUAUACCAGCAUCGCCCUUCAUCAUGAACAACCAACACCAAGACUCGAAGACAUGCUCUUCGAAGCAAGUUCCCCAAACUUCUGCGCCACGAUCGGCGUCCCGUUCGUCGUCGAUGAAGGUGGAAGACGGCAAAACGCGCAUGGAUCGUUGGCUGAGCCAAAAGCCGAGCGAGGAGCCAUGGUACGGGUUCGGUAG